CGGCGGGGCCGGGCGCGGCGGCAGCGGCGGGGCCGGGGCCCGGGAUGGAGCCGGGGCUGGAGCGCUGGGCGUACGGCGCGCUGUGGGCGGCGCUGGCCGGCAGCCUGGCGCUGCGGGCGGCUCGGCGGGCCCUGGGGCCGGGCCGGGGGCUGGUGCUGCCCCUGGCGCUGCUGGCCGGGCUGCAGAGCCUGUGCCGCGCCUGCCUGCCGCUGCCCCUGGGGCUCGCCCUGGCCGCCGCCGCCGCCUGCCUGCUGCUGUGGCGGGCAUCGCCCCGCAGGCUGCUGCCGGUGGCGGGCAGAGCCGUCCUCGUCACAGGCUGCGACUCGGGCUUCGGGCAGGCGACGGCACGGCACUUGGAUGCCAUGGGCUUUCGGGUGUUCGCCAGCGUGCUGGACCCACAGGGUCCCGGCGCCCAGGAGCUGCGCAGGAGCUGCUCGCCAGGGCUGACGCUGCUGCAGAUGGACCUGACCAAGCCAGAGGACAUCCAGCGCGUCCUGCAGCACAUCCAGGCCCACACCAACAGCACAGGGCUCUGGGGUCUGGUGAACAACGCUGGCUUCAACGACACCAUCGCCGAUGCCGAGCUCUCGCCGCUGGGCAAGUUUCGUACCUGCAUGGAGGUGAACUUCUUCGGUUCGCUGGAGCUCACCAAGGGGCUGCUGCCCCUGCUCCGCUCUGCCGGCGGCCGCAUCGUCACCGUGAGCAGCCCCGCGGGUGAUCUGCCCUUCCCCUGCCUAGCAGCCUACGGGGCCUCGAAGGCAGCCCUCAGCCUGCUCAUGGACACCUUCCGCAGCGAGCUCCAGCCCUGGGGUGUCAAAGUCAGCCUCGUCCUGCCUGGCUACUACAAAACAGGGACAACAUGCGACCCUGCCUUCUGGAACCUGCAGAAGCAGCGGCUGGUGGCCAGCCUGCCCCGGGAACUGCUGCAGGCUUACGGCGAGGACUACGUGGAGGAGAUCAACCGCCAGUUCAUCCAGUUCAUGAAGGUGGCGGUGGAGGACCUCAGCGCGGUGGUGAACAGCAUCACGGACGGGCUCCUGGCUGCCAACCCAGCCGUGCGCUACUACCCAGGGCAGGGCCUUGGGCUCAUGUAUUUCAUACAUCGCUACCUGCCCUAUUUUGUCCGAGACUUGUUCUUAAAAGGAUUUUUCAUCAACCCCAAGCUGCCCCGAGCGUUGCGGCAAGAGCACCACAACGACGUGAAGAAGGCCUGACCUUGGCCCGCAUGCGGUCGCGGGGCAGGAGCGAGCCUUCUCCCGGGAUUUCCAGGCACGCCAGCCCCCGAGCGCGUGCGCAGCCAUCGGCAUUGCCCUCCUGCACUGCGGGGGAACAAUCAGCACUAGAUGUGAAAAACCAAAUUGCUUUCCAAAAUCAGGCAGAUCUAUUUUCUAUUGUGCAAGAAUCAACAUUUUCUAAAGACCUUGUUUUUGUAUUUUUUCUAACCGUGCAUCCUCCAAGGGGGCCGCCCCUGCCUGACUCAACGGCUCUGCACCAGAGGCUGGGAUGUACCUCAGGCGUUUCUCAGCUACCUGACAUCUUCCUUGCUGCUGUGGGAGCUGCAAGCGUUUGGCUCCAUCACCUCUUGGCUGGGUCAGGCCCAGGAUCCCGUGGCCACUGGUACGCCAGCCCUCACCUCCCUGCUGUUCAUUACACACUCCACAUGCUCCUGGCAAGCGCAGGGGCCGAGGCCAGGCUGCAGAGCUCUUCACGAGAUAAACUACGUGAUUGUCACUUUUUAAAUAAAUCUCUUCUUGAUAUGCCA